UAGAAAAUUUGCUGUGAACCAUCUAAAGCCGAAGCGCAGACUAUCUGUUCGACGAAAUGUCCCGCAAGAAAGCCAAAGUUGACGCUGUCGAGGGAGAUGAUGCUGCCGCCGAUGACCGUCUCAGCGCCCUCCCGGACGAGCUCAUCCACAAGGUCAUGUCGUUCCUGAGGGCAUGGGAGGUGGCUCGCACCUGCGUGCUCUCGCGCCGCUGGUGCAACCUCUGGGCUUCUGCGCCCUGCAUCGACCUCCGGGUCUGUUGCAAAGCCCGCCACCGCCCGCUCCCCAUGCAACUCGCCAGGUUCGCCAACCACUUCUUGCUCCUGCGGGAGGUGUCUGCGCCGUUGGACACACUCCGGCUCCUGUCCAGCCCCACCCGUAACGAAACUCUGUACUACCCUUACACUCACAGCCCCGAAUAUGACGACGACGGGGAGGAUUACUGCAGUACGGAUGUCGAAAUGUGGAUCCGUGCUGCCAUUAACCGUGGUGCUCGGUUUAUCCAGCUUAGUCAACAUCCAAGGGAUGAGGCCUUCUCUGAUCUUAGGAGCGUGCCCGUCAUCUCUUGCCACCUGAAACACCUGCACCUAUCGGGUACAAUAUUGCAUGACAAGACAUUAAGACAGCUCUCUUCUCAGUGCCCCUCUCUGGAAGUCCUGGAGCUCAAGGAGUGCUUCCUGGAUGGCCCCCAGAUAUCGUCUGCCUCACUUAUUAGUUUGACCAUGGUCGAGUGCAGGAUCAUGGUGGACCUCUCCGUCGCUGCUCCUAACCUCAUAUCGCUGCACUGUGUCUGUCCGUACCACCGUGCUCCUUCAUUCGAAAACAUGGCGUCUCUGGCCACGGGCACCAUCAUGCUUAAUGACUCUUUCUUGCAUGAUAAGUUCGAAUACAAGUACAAAGAUCUCAAUCCAGAUGUAUUUGAGUGUGACAGCGACGAUGGCAAUGACUCAAAUGAUGAUAACUAUGAUAGUGAUGCUGAUAGCGGCUUGAGUACCUGUGAAGGAUUCUAUGGUGCUAACGUUUUGGGUGGCCAAAAUGUUAUCUGCAGCCUUUCAAAUGCUACAAGUUUGGAGCUGAUAGCUGAUGCCGGAGAGGUGAUCCUGAGUAGGGAAUUGGAAAUCUGCCCAAUUUUUAGCAACCUGAAGGCGCUAUCCCUUGGUGAAUGGUGUAUGGCUGCUGACCUGCAUCCAUUAGUUUUAUUCCUGCAGCAUGCUCCAAAUCUGGAGAGGCUUUUUCUUAAACUUAAAAUGGAUCAUGAGGAAAUAGAAGAGAAUAUCAAUCCAGAGGGUAGUUCAUUUGCUUGCAAAAACCUUGCAACAGUCAAGAUAAAAUGUCACAAGGAGGAUGAAAGAGUUCAUGUGUUAGCACAGUUCUUCGUGGCUAAUGGCAUAGCCAUGGAAAAGAUAUCUGUCGAUCACCGUCCGACUCGCGUCACUCGCCAAACUUGCCAAUCGUUGGCCCUAAGACGCUGAUGUGCCGAACUGCAGUUUGGGCGAUGAUUACUGUCAUAUUCUCCCACGAGGCACAGAUCACGGCUGCACAACUUGAAUAGAGUUUCUGAUCACGGCUGCACAACUUGAAUAGAGC